AAUUAACCUUACCUCUCUCUAAUAUUCUCUCAUAUUCAACACUCAGUCCUCGGCGCAAUUCUGGAAGUCGCCUUCGCCGCGACUGCCGUGACCGCCGCCGCUUCGAACCCACUGUCGUACGUACAUACGUUCCGUAUCUCUAUACUCUCUCCGCUGCGCAGGCGCUACCUUCUUAGGAAUCUCAGACCCAGUCGCGACUGCCGUCUCUCGUUAUCUCCUCAGCGCGGUGACCGCCGUCGGCCCGUCACCGCUGCCUUUGACCGACCAUAGCCAAUACCAAAACCUCCAACCAAAAAUAAAAGGGAACAAUAUACGUUUUGAAGAAGUUUAAAACUCACUGUUAGAAUAAUUGUAUCCAUUGGUGCUAGUAAAACCAGAAGAUGGCAUCAGAGGAUGUACCGACCAUAUUGAAAAGUUGCUAGAAGAUGUUGUGGUGUUUGCCCUUGGUAAUUCCUUGCCACAUGUAUUCUUGAUGGUUAUACAGCCAAAAAUAAAAUGUCUGAACUUCCGGCGAGUGUUGUCCCUCCUCCAGUGAAAUCAGAAUCUCCCACUGGUGCUGACAGCUCCAACACCAUCUCUGCGUGGUCACAGCCGCAGCCAUCUCGGCCGUCAAAAGUCGCCAUUUUGGCUGAUCUCAAUGUUGAACCACCGGAAGCCGAUGCCCAGGAUUCUUUUCAAACGGCUGUUGCUGCUCUGCUGCCCAACACAACUGCUCCAAGGAUAGUCAUUGAUGAAAGUAGUCAACUUAAGACAAGCAAAGAUGUUGAGGGAAUGGAUGUAGAAGGUAAACAAAAAAAAUUGGGAAAAUGUCGGUCAAGAAUUGGUAAAGUAGACAACCAUCUUGAUUGUAAUGGAGCUGAUGCAGAUGCUGAACAGAAUAGUCAAGGAACCCCUUCAUCACGUGAAGAAAAAGUUAGCAGCCUUAAAAAUGGAUUGAUACAUGUUGUGCGGAAAAUGCCUAAGAACGCUCAUGCUCAUUUUAUGCUUGGUUUAAUGUAUCAAAGGAUGGGCCAGCCUCAAAAGGCAGCUUCAGAAUAUGAGAAAGCAGCAGAUAUUUUAGUUCGACCUGAUGAAGAAGUAGACAGGCCAGAGUUACUUUCUUUGAUCCAGAUACAUCAUGCAGAGUGUAUCCUGCUGGGAUCCUUGGAGGAUUGCAGUUCAGGCAAUGAACUAGAACCUAAGGAACUUGAGGAGAUUCUUGUUAAACUGAAGGAGUCUGUGCAAUCUGAUGUUAGACGGGUGUCUAUUUGGAACAUUCUAGGAUUAAAACUUCUACGCACUGGUCGUUUGAAGAGUGCUAUAUCAGUUUUCUCUGCUUUGUUAGUCAUUGCUCCUGACAACUUGGAUUGCCUUGGAAAUCUUGGAAUCACUUACCUCCAGAGUGGGGACUUAGAGCUUUCAGAGAAGUGCCUCCAAGAUCUAAUUAUGAAAGAUCCAAACCAUCCUGGUGCUCUAGUAAACUUUGCUGCCCUUAUGCUGUGCAAAUAUGGUUCAGUUGUUGCAGGUGCUGGAGCAAAUGCCGAUGGUGUAGCUCUCUGUGAUCAGGAGGCAGCAGCCAAUGUUGCCAAGGAGUGUUUGCUAGCAGCUACAAAUUCAGAUCCCAAAGCAGCCCAUAUAUGGACAAAUCUUGCUAAUGCAUAUUAUUUGACUGGUGAUCACAAAAGUUCAGGCAGAUGUUUGGAAAAGGCAGGAAAACUGGAACCUAAUUGUUUAGCGACACGAUAUGCCAUAGGAGUUCACCGAAUCAGGGAUGCUGAGAGGUCUCAGAAUCCUAGUGAACAGCAGCUAUCUUGGGCUGGAAAUGAAAUGGCUUCAAUAAUUAGAGAAGGAGAUUCUGGCAUGAUAGAGCCUCCAAUUGCAUGGGCUGGUCUUGCAAUGGUUCAUAAAGCCCAGCAUGAGAUUGCAGCUGGAUUUGAAAUUAAUCAUAAUGAAUUGUCAGAAGUGAAAGAACGUGCUAAUUAUAGUUUGAAGCAGGCAAUCGCAGAAGAUCCUGAGGACGCGAUUCAUUGGCACCAACUUGGCCUUCAUUUUCUGUGUACCCAACAGUUUAAAAUGUCACAGAAGUACCUCAAGGCUGCAGUUGCAUGUCUAAAGAGCAGCUACGCCUGGUCAAAUCUUGGUAUCUCACUGCAUCUAUCAGCUGAGUCUUCAUGUGCAGAGGAGGUAUAUAAACAGGCCCUGUUAUCCGCUACCCCUCAACAAGCACACACGAUCUUUUCCAACCUGGGUAAUCUCUAUCGCCAGCUGAAAGAUUAUGAAUCUGCAAAGGCGAUGCUCACCAAGUCGCUUGAACUGCAACCCGGUUAUGCACCUGCAUACAACAACUUAGGCCUUGUAUUCGUGGCGGAGGGCAAGUGGGAGGAAGCAAAGUUCUGCUUCGACAAGGCAAUCCUGCAUGAUCCACUGUUGGAUUCAGCUAAAUCAAACAUGAUUAAAGCCAGGAACAUGCAUAGGAUGUACGAGAGCAUGUCCUCAUACCUGUAAUUAGUAAUUACCAUUGUGUUGACUAGAAACUCAGGAAUCGCUGAGUUGUAAAUAAUUGUUUAUGGAAGGAAUGUUGUACCUGUUUACUGUUUAGUCUUGCCUUUUGGUUACUUCCAAAUCAUUUGCAAAUUUAUUUAAAUCC